UUCACAGCUUUAACCACUGGAAGUCCAUGAACAAUGAAAUUUCACUCAUCCUGGAAUACCUCUGCUGAACUUUUAAACAAAUCCUCGAAUAAAGAGUUUGCUUACCAAACCCCCAGUGUUGUGGAUACAGUCAUCUUCCCUUCCAUGAUUGGGAUUAUCUGUUCAACAGGGUUAGUUGGCAAUAUCCUUGUUGUGUUCACUAUAAUAAGGUCCAGAAAAAAAACAAUCCCUGACAUUUAUAUCUGCAACCUGGCUGUGGCUGAUUUGGUCCACAUCAUUGGAAUGCCUUUUCUUAUUCACCAGUGGGCCCUGGGGGGACAGUGGGUGUUUGGGGGGCCUCUCUGCACCAUAAUCACAUCCCUGGAUACUUGCAACCAGUUUGCCUGUAGUGCCAUCAUGACUGUAAUGAGUGUGGACAGGUACUUGGCCCUCGUCCAACCAUUUCGACUGACAAGUUGGAGAACAAGGUACAAGACCAUCGGCAUCAUUUUGGGCCUUUGGGCAGCUUCCUUUAUUCUGGCGCUGCCUGUCUGGAUCUACUCAAAGGUCAUCAAAUUUAAAGAUGGUGUCGAGAGUUGUGUUUUUGAUUUAACCUCCCCUGACAAUGUACUCUGGUAUACUCUUUAUUUGACGAUAACAACUUUUUUUUCCCCUUUACCCUUGAUUUUGGUGUGCUAUAUAUUAAUUUUAUGCUAUACUUGGGAGAUGUAUCAACAAAAUAAGGAUGCCAGAUGCUACAACCCUACUGUUCCAAAGCAGAGAGUGAUGAAGCUGACAGUGAUGGUGCUAGUGCUGGUGGCCGUCUUUAUCCUAAGUGCUGCCCCCUAUCACGUGAUACAGCUGGUGAACUUACAGAUGGAGCAGCCCACACUGGCCUUCUAUGUGGGCUAUUACCUCUCUGUCUGUCUCAGCUAUGCCAGCAGCAGCAUUAACCCUUUUCUCUACAUCCUGCUGAGUGGAAAUUUCCAGAAACGUCUGCCUCAUGUUCGAAGGAGGGUGACUGAGAGGGAAAUCAACAAUAUGGAAAACACCCUGAAGUCGAGCCUUUAGUAGAGUGUAUGAAUCACCGAGAGUCUAGGUCAGGAUUGUCUAUGCUGUUGGUAUUAUUACAAAGGGCAGGUGAAGUGGUAUGCUUGUGCCCAUUCUUCUUGUGUACUUGUGACUCUUAGCAGCAUGGAAUAGAAGUGUAACUAUUCAAAUGCAAUGAGUUUAAUAUG